AAGCAGCUCAAUUUUAGGACUGAUAUAAAUCAUACAUGAACAAAACAAGUAGUUUUGCUCUCGCAUGGCUUACACAGGUCUCUGAAAAUCCGUAUCGCUCUCAAGUGUUGUCCUGGUAUCGAAAGUGUUUGAAAGCCGCCUUCACCGUUGAAUGGGAGAAAGACGAGGAUGCGUUAUACGUACUCGAAGAAACACGCCGCCUAUUCUACCAAAAUCGUCGAGUUCUAGAAAUUGAGCGAAUCGAGCGUAAGCUUCGCGAGGUAGAGAUGCGAUACGAAUUAGCGUUGCAUUACAAAAUCCCUUACCCCCGUCCUUUUAACAAAACUCAAGGGUCGAUGGCGGACAGUGGUGUCUCCUACGCCGCCUACCUGGACUCCUCCUAUGAUCACCCUGUGAGCCCGACAACGGGGUAUAUUCAGGAGGGUAGCGGGAAUUACGGCGUCAUGGGCGGUGGGGUGAGCCACAUGGACGAUUACUUCGAAGAUGGGAUCGGGGCGACCGAUAAGGUGGGGCGUGGGGGGUGA